AUGGUAUAUCAGCUGGUAAAGUCCCUGGACGCUGAGGACCAUAUCUCACACCUCCAACAAGCCUUCACCACUCUCAGGAAUUACAACAUGAAGCUUAACCCUUCAAAGUGCUCGUUCGGGGUAAGCUCUGGGAAAUUCCUAGGGUAUAUAGUUAGCCACAGGGGCAUUGAAGCAAAUCCAGAGCAGGUGAGAGCGAUCCAGGUGAUACCUUCCCCUCGCAACGUCAAGGAGGUGCAAAGGCUGACAGGAAGGAUGGCUGCCCUAAGCAGGUUCAUCUCCAGGCUAUCCGAUAAGUCGCAUGCCUUCUUCGAAACCUUGAAGGACCCCAAGGACUUCCAAUGGACUGAUAAAUGUGAGGUCUUAUUGCUCUAUCUGGCGGUAUCAGAGCAUGCAGUCAGUGCAUUUCUAGUAAGGGAAGAUGGAAGGAAACAGCAUCCUAUCUACUACGCUCAUCAAAUCGUGGUGGUUACCUCCUUCCCCAUCAAGGCAGUCCUUCAUAAACCAGAAGUGUCUGGACGACUAGCAAAAUGGGCCAUAGAGCUGGGGGAACACGAUGUGAUCUUCUGGCCUGCAACAGCCAUCAAAUCGCAAGUACUAGCAAAUUUCGUAGCAGAAUUCUCUCCUGCCAUGCUUCCAGCCUUGGAACAAGAGGUAAAGUUUUGUAAUAGCGAAGGGGAGAAAGGCGAAUGGACACUAUACGUUGAUGGAUCUAGUAACAUAAGGGGUGCAGGCGUAGCACUAGUCCUAACUUCCACGGGGGAAUCAGCCUCAAGGGCCAUGGGAGUAGAAGACAUCCAGGUCUUCAGCGACUCGCAACUGAUCAUAAGUCAGGUCCAAGUAGACUACCAGGCAAAAGAUCCAAGUAUGAUAAGAUAUCUAUCCGUGGCUAAGCGACUACUGGACAGGUUCCGACACUGCAAGCUCACCCAGAUCCCUAGGGAGCACAACUCCCAGGCCGACACUCCAGCUAAUCUAGGGUCCGCCCUAGAAACGACGAGUCAUAUGAGCAUCCCACUACUGGUACUCCAAUGGCCCGCAACCGAAAAAGAGACGGAGCCUGAAGAAGUGUCCGUGGUAGACGAAGGAGAGACCUGGAUGACUCCCAUCAUUAACUAUCUAAGGUACGACACCUUGCCUGAAGAUCGGGAUGAAAGUCGGAAGAUAAGGCGUCAAGCGGCCAGGUACUGCUUUUCUGAGGGGAAACUAUACAGAAAAUCCUUUUCAGGACCCUAUCUACGAUGUGUUACCCCUAGAGAAGCCGCCAGGAUAAAAAUUCAGGUCGUGCCUAUCUACGAUGUCCCUGUGUCUAGAUCUACUCGAUAA